AUGUCUGAAAAUACCCAAAAUACCGAAAAACUUUUGGCAGAAAUUUCUCGCUUUGAUUUCACAGAAGAAGAGAAAGCUUCCAUAUUCUCAUACUUCAUUGAUCAGCCUGAUAAGAUAUCCAUUACUUUGACAGGAUUAUCUCGCUUCAAGGACGAAGGGAAAGUUUCCUUAUUCAAAAAGUGUCUGACGUCUGCUACCACUACGGAAACUGAUAAGGGCAUUUCUGUGAGAAAACACGGUACCCAGAUGACCUUCCCACUUCAACUGACCGCAACGACCCGAAGAAUAGUAGAAGGAAAGUUUAAAAGCCCGCCUAACGCCAAGGAUGUAAUUGAGGACUCACAUUCUACUCCGUUACUGGCUACUCGAAAACCAGACUUUGUAUUCGUCCCAAGAGGGUGUCCUCUAAAUGCAUUAAAUGUCGCAGCUGUUGGUGAGAUCAGAAAACGCUCUGGUAAUGAUUUUAUAAAUGCAGAUGUAGGACACGCGGUGUCAUUUGGCGAAAAAGUACUUCAAUUACAGCCUCGGAGAGCUUACGUAUACGUGGUGUUGACAGAUUGCAGGGUUAUUUCUAUCUUUAAGGUGAUCCGAUUCUCGUGUGAAUACACAGCACCACCACAUAAGUUAACUUACGAAAGCAGGGAUUCCCCGCCAUCUGGGUGGCGAUACCUCGUAACGAUUAUGGAAUGUUCUCCGGAUGAGCCAUCGUUAAAUUUCGGUUUAGAUACUGUCACAUUGGUUCGACCCAUCAAUACAGGAAGGACUAGCGUUGGAAAAAAAUGUACUGAAAGCUCUUUCGAGUUUGAAAUCACCUCAUCUUCAGACCCUCCUCCUGGACG